CACUCUUCUCUUCUUCAAGUUCUUUGCACUCUCGGGGAACGCGUUUAGUAUUGUGGCACAAAAAUGGACCUCCGACAAUUGAUCAACAAGCAAACAGACGUCUCGUUGGCCAUCGCAAAGCAAGUGGUGCUAAGCGAGGCCAAGGACUCGAACCUCGUCUUCUCUCCCCUCUCCAUCCACGUUGUCCUGAGCUUAAUCACUGCUGGCUCCAAACCCCCAACCCUUGACCAGUUGCUGUCCUUCCUCAACUCCAAAUCCUCCGACGAACUCAACUCUCUCUCUUCGCAGCUCGUCUCCCUCGUCUUCGCCGAUGGUGGACCCACCGGUGGUCCGAGGUUGUCCUUCGCCAAUGGGGUGUGGGUGGACCAAUCUCUCUCUCUCAAGCCUUCUUUCAAACACAUUGUCGACACUCUCUACAAGGCCGCUUCCAAUCAUGUCGAUUUUCAGACUAAGGCAGUUGAGGUCACCAGUAUAGUGAAUUCAUGGGCUGAAAAGGAGACCAAUGGCCUUAUCAAAGAAGUUCUUCCUUCUGGUUCAGUUGAUGGUUCAACCAGGCUCGUCUUUGCAAAUGCACUGUAUUUUAAGGGAGCAUGGAAUGAAAAAUUUGAUGCAUCAAAAACAAAAGAUCAUGAUUUCUACCUCCUUAAUGGGACCUCAGUUCAAGUGCCCUUCAUGACCAGUAAGAAGAAGCAACUUGUUAGUGCAUUUGACGGUUUCAAAGUCUUGGGGAUUCCUUACAAACAAGGUGAAGAUAAGCGCCGUUUUACUAUGUACUUCUUUCUCCCAGAUGCAAAAGAUGGAUUGCCUGCUUUAAUGGAGAAAGUAAGUUCUGAAUCUGGGUUCUUAGAUCACCACCUCCCAUACCAAGCAGUAGAAGUGGGCGACUUUCAGAUCCCAAAAUUCAAGAUUUCUUUUGGGUUUGAAGCUUCAAAAGUUCUAAAGGGAUUGGGGUUGGUCUUGCCUUUCUCUGGUCAAGGGCUUACAGAGAUGGUGGACUCCCCUGUUGGUCAUAACCUAUAUGUUUCAAGCAUUUUUCACAAAUCCUUCAUUGAAGUUAAUGAAGAAGGCACAGAAGCUGCAGCUGCUUCUGCAGGUGUGAUAAAGCUGAGGGGUUUGAUGUCAACGGAUAAAAUAGAUUUUGUAGCUGACCAUCCAUUUCUGUUCGUCAUUAGAGAAGACAUGACCAGUGUGGUGCUUUUCAUUGGCCAUGUGCUUAAUCCCCUUGCGGGUUGAUUGAACCUGCUGCAGUGGUUGAAAAAAGUGUAUGGAGAUGAAGCCUAAUGUACACGAGUCUAGUGACUUUUAAGUAUCUGCUUGAUGUUUGUAUUUUGCUUAUGUUAAAAACCCACCAGGUAGAGCAGGGUUGGCCAACAUCUCUCUGGUCUUUCACUUUUUGGUCAGUGGUUGACAGUAAACCAUAUUUUUAUCUGUUUGAUGUAUUGCGUUCUAUCUUUUACCCGUAGUUAUGGCAAACUCUUUUUAUUUUAUUUAUUUUUUAAAUGUGUUUCAUCAUUGAUA